AUGAGAUUCUCAACCGUUGCUGCUUUUGCUACCACCUUAUUUGCUACUUCUGCCGUAGCUAAACAAGUCGCUUGUAUUGUUGAUAACAAACAAGUUGAUGUUGUUGACUUAGAAACUGGUACUUGUCCAUUUACUGUCCCAGAAAAAUACCCAGUUUCCUUCAGAUUUGUUUCUCCAGAAGAUUACGAUGUUGAAUGGUACUACACCCGUAUCGACAACGAAAAAUACAGCACUGAUAUCAGAAACGCUGGUAGAGUUAUCAACGUCCCAGCCCGUUUGUUGUACGGUAGACCAGGUGCUCCAUUGUUCCAAGUUCACUUGGAAAAAGAACCAGCUUCUAACUCUACUGCUGCUAUCAGAAAGAGAUUGAUGAAGGAAGUCCCAAUUGCCAAGAGAGAUGAAGUUGACGACUUCAUUGCUUCUAUUGAAGACACUGAAGGUACCGCUGUUGAAGGUGGUGACCUUAUCUUACAAGUUGAAGAUGUUGUUGAAUCUUCUUCUGCUGCUGGUGCCUCUACUGCUGAAGAAUCUUCCACCGCUGCUUCCGGUGCUGAAGAAUCUUCUGCUGCUACUUCUGGUGCUGAAGAAUCUUCUGCUGUUUCCGGUGCUGAAGAAUCUACUACUGGUGCUCCAGAAGUUACUGUUACCACUGAAUCUGAAGUUAUCAUUACUGUUACUUCUUGUUCUAACGAUAUUUGUGUCGGUACUACCGUCCCAGGUGCUGAAACUACUGUUACUACCACUGUUUCUGGUACUACUACUAUCUACACCACUUACUGCCCAGUUUCUUCUGUCGAAACUGUCGAAUCUACCAAGAUCAUCACUGUUACUUCUUGUUCUGACAACAAAUGUGAAGAAACCACCGUUGAAGCUACUCCACUCACCACUGAAACCGUUACUGAAGGUACCGUUACUGAAUACGUUACUUACUGUCCACUUUCUUCUGGUGCUGAAGAAGAAUCUACCAAGAUCAUCACUGUUACUUCUUGUUCCAACGAUAUCUGUGUUGCUACCACUGUCCCAGGUGUCAAGACCACUGUCUCUACCGCUGCUCCAAACGGUGAAACCACUGUCUACACUACCUACUGCCCAGAAUCUUCUGUUGAAACUGUUGAAUCUACCAAGAUCAUCACUGUUACCUCUUGUUCUGAAGAUAAAUGUGAAGAAACUACCGUUGAAGCUACUCCAUCUACUGCUGAAACUGUUGUUGAAGGUACUACUACUGAAUACGUCACCUACUGUCCAGUUACUUCUGGUGCUGAAGGUGCUGAAGAAGAAUCUACCAAGAUCGUCACUGUUACUUCUUGUUCCAACGACGUCUGUGUCGCUACUACCGUCCCAGCUGUCAAGACCACUGUCUCUACUGCUGCUCCAGGUGGUGAAACUACUGUCUACACUACUUACUGCCCAGAAUCUUCUGUUGAAACUGUUGAAUCUACCAAGAUCAUCACUCAAGUUGUUUGUAGCGAAGACAAAUGUCACGAAACCACCGUUGAAGCUACUCCAUCUACUACUUCUGGUACUGUUGCUGGUGAAACCGAAGUUACCGAGUACGUUACUUACUGCCCAGUUACUACUGCUCCAGGUGAAACUGUUGCUACCGAAGUUGUUACUUCUGAAGGUUCCGUCUACGUUCCAGAAACUGUUGAAGUUACCUCUGAAGGUUCUACUUACGAAACCGUUGUUUACAAGACCGUUUCUAAAGCUACUGAAGGUACUACUGAAGCUGCUGAAACUCCAGCUGGUCCAACCACUGUUACCACUGCUUCUGCUUCUGGUUCCGCUGUUGCUUCUGGUUCAGAAACCGGUGUUAUCUCCACUUACGAAGGUUCCGCUGCCGUCAACGGUGCUUCUUUCUUAGCUUUGGCUAUGAUCCCAUUGGCUUACUUCUUCUAA